CCUCUAGUGUUCAAAAAUGCACGAGCUGAGAUCUUCUACAAUUGGAGCACUUCGAGAGAAGGGCUGCCCGAAAUGAAGGAUUCCGACAACUCGAGCUGUCCAAAUUGCAGAGGAUCCUCACUCAACCGGAACAAAUGUUACUGCAAUUUGAGUGAUUUCCAAGCAUUCUACGGCUAUGAAUCUUUCUAGUUACUUAUCCUCCAGAUUUCCAGGAUCAACUAGACUCACGACACGUGGACACCCUCGCGCCUCUGCCGCUAAUACGCACUCCCUGCGCAUUGUAUCACACGCCACCUCAUCACCACCCGGCACACCUACCUUAGGGCCUGCUCUCCCUAGUCCCCGCCACGAAGACCAAAGCUUAUAUACUCCCUCUACAACUGACCACCAAAAGCCAUGUCCGUUGCUCUCUCUCCAACGCGCCACUCUCUAGCGCCCUCUCUUCCCCAUGCGUACUUUAGCCAGCCCCUCCCUCCCAUGUCUAUCCUACGCCGACUCAACCCCCGCCAGCUAAAGCUCCACCAACACCACCGCCGCCGAUUCGCCACCGUCGCUGCCGCGGCUGUACGUCAGGACACAACAAUCUGGACCCAAGCGCCGCUCUCCGAGAUCGAGCCCGCCGCCGAGUCCCUCUUCCACGUGACCAUCGACGUCUCCGACGCGGCCGACCUCGUCGCGUCCCACACGUGCGCCGGGCAGUACCUCCAGCUCCGAGUACCCGACGUCGACAAGCCUUCCUUCCUGGCCAUCGCGUCCCCGCCCUCGUUCGCGGCGGCGCGCGGUGCGUUCGAGUUCCUAGUGAAGAGCGUGGCCGGCUCCACCGCCGAGCUACUCUGUGGCUUGAAGAAAGGCGAUGUGGUUGAGCUCAGUCAGGUUAUGGGGCGAGGGUUCGAUGUCGACCUCAUCGAACCGCCCGAGGCUUAUCCUACGGUUCUGAUUUUCGCCACCGGAUCGGGAAUUAGUCCAAUCCGAUCUCUCAUUGAGUCAGGAUUUGGCGCUUCUAAGAGAUCUGAUGUGAAGCUUUAUUAUGGGGCUAGAAACCUUAAGCGAAUGGCUUAUCAGGAGAGAUUUAAAGAUUGGGAAUCUUCUGGUGUUAAGAUUGUACCUGUAUUAUCCCAACCAGAUGACAGUUGGACGGGUGCAAGUGGCUAUGUACAGGCUGCUUUCACUAGAGCGAAGCAAAUUUACAGCCCCAAGUCUGCUUGUGCUGUGCUCUGUGGGCAGAAACAGAUGACUGAGGAAAUCACCUCAAUUCUUGUAGCAGAUGGGGUGUCAAGUGAGAAGAUACUAAAGAACUUCUGACAAACCAGCAAUCUAUAUUGGGGAGGCAUGUCCCACGCAAUGAACUUGAGCUGACCUGAAGAAAGGACAACUUGAGAAUGAGAUGGUGAACAUUGGGAAGAGGUUCGACCUAAUCUAUCUUUGUGUUUAAGCCC